AUGGGCCGGGUUUGCAAAGCGGACAGCCUGCCAUUGACCUACUCCGAACUCACGUGCAUCUGCUUCUUCUACCUCUUCCUGCUGAUAAGCUUCCUGGUAUGGUGUCUACGCAAAAAUCAAUUUAGAAGCAAAAUAAAUGAAAGGCAUAAGUGGAAGAAUAGCGAAUCUCAUGCUAAGAAUGAGAAGAUCGAAUUUUUUAACUACAUUUACGAGGCGGGCGAAGAGGACGACUCAGACGACAUUGUAGUUCGACAAGAAGGGUACCAAAAUAGCUUUGUCGGGUUCGCACUGAAGAAUGCUUCCAUCUUCCUUUACGUAUGCACCCAUAUCAUUAUCCUCUUCUUAAUUGCAAAUGAGUAUUGCAUACGCGAGGGGGGUGAAGUCUUGUGGAAUGACCGAGCCUUUAUUUUCUUCAUUUUUCUCCUCCUCUGCUUUUCCAUUACUUAUGGCAUUUUGACAGUGAGGAAACAUCUCCACAGCUUCUUUCUGAAACCCUCUCUACUGAAAGAAAGUGAUUAUGUCUUGAUAUACACCAAGAGCGAUGAGUACGCCAACACGUGUAAGACUUCCCUUAGGCGAAGUUUCUUCCAUGCCGUUAGCUGGGCUAACACAUGGUAUCACACGUUAGGGAGACGCUUCCGACAUUAUGCGACUCUAUAUCUGCGCUACCAGGAGGUGAUAAAACGUGCACUCUUUUUAGAAAUUGCCAAGUGGGGCUUCAUUCAGAAGGGAGCAGAAUUUGGAAGUACCCUCUCAGGAAACAGUGAGGAGGAGAGAUGCCACCCCCUUGGGGGGGGACAAAAGGAUGGCCACCACAGAAAAUAUGAAGACAUUUUGGAAGACACACGUUUGUUAAGCGACCACGCGAGGAAGGGACAUUCGUUGGGUCACCACGAAAAGGGGGCUAACAAAAUGGCAGGAAAGGAAGGCGGCAAAGGGGCAAUCAACGCGGCAGGCAAUGCGCCAUCCCCGGUGGAGACCAAAGCCGGCGCCGCCUUCCCACCCUUGACAGUGCACAAGAUAAAAGUGCAGACAAGCGAAAAGAACCUGCGCUACUUCUUCUUCAGAAGCAUGAAGUACGUAUAUAACGAAGAGAAGGACGCAUUCCACAACAUCGCGCACACCAUUGAGGAAAAGGUACAGAGCCUCGACUUCAACUACCUACUAAAAAAAGGAGGAUUAAACAACAGCGAAAUUAUUAAUAACCUAAAUGACUACGGUUACAACAAUAUACAUCUCGAAUUCUGCUCCUUCUUUAAAAGCAUAAAAAGAGAGGUACUCGAUGGGAUCUACAUGUUCCAGCUAUUCAUAACGUACAAAAAUUUUUUCUGGAAAGAAAUGAUAACUUCUCUGAUUUGGCUAGUCAUCUCGUUCAUAAGUGUUGUGAACAAAAUUAGAAAAAAUGAUAAAAAUAAAAAAGAAAUUUAUGAGAACAUCCAAUCCACCAACAAUACCCUCGUCACUGUGUAUAGAAAUUCAAUCGUUCAGCAUGUCCCCUCUAGUAACUUAACCAUAGGAGAUGUGAUCAUUGUCAAUUCCAAGAUGACGAUGCCUUGUGACUGUCUCCUACUGACGGGGCAAGUCUUAGUAGAUGAAAGUCUUCUAACUGGAGAAUCAAGGCCAAUGAAAAAGACAUGCAUAUCAAAUUUGAGCUCCUUUAACCCCUUUGACAAUGGGGCGUACUCAUCGUCUAGUGAUUCUUUCCCCUUGGGAGGUUCCCCAAAUGGGAAGAAGGCCCAAUGGAAGAAUGCCUCUCCACAUGCAGCCAAUCCUAUGAGUGGACAGUUCAGGGGAAACACUACCCAUGAGAGAUUCACCAAAGGGAAGUACUACAGUGCGAAGCGAAACUUCCAUCACAACAAUAUUCUAUACUCUGGCACGGACGUCCUUUCCACGAUGAAUUCAACAGAGAACAUCUAUGCAGUGGUCAUCAGUGUGAGCAUAUACACAUACAAGGGGAAGUACAUGCAGAAUGUUCUGUUCCCAAAUCCACUUCUCUUCAAAUACGACUCGCAACUACCCAUCGUCUUUGUCUUCACUAUUCUAUUCUCUAUCAUAUGUAUGUACUUUCAAAUACGUUCCUUGGGCCUUAACAUGACUUCCAUCUUUUACACCAUCGGGACAAUGUCCCAGAUUCUACCUGUCUGGACCCCCGUUGUUCUAAACAUAGGAUUAAACAUAUCAACAAAUAGAUUGAAGGAGGAGAAAAACAUCCGAUGCAUUGCUCCAUCAAGGAUUCCCAUCUGUGGGAAAAUUAGGAUAUUUUUUUUCGACAAAACGGGGACACUUACGGGGCACAAAAUUGAAUUUUCAGGCGUCCAUUUUAGCAAUAACGUUUUGAAUGAACAGAAGGCACAGCUAUCUGGACUGGACAAUCAUAGCAAAAGCGUGUCCGACGAUACCUACGAUGUCAAGUAUGAAAGUUAUUACCCCUCCAGUAAAAUCAACCUAAGUUCGGUUAGGAAGGACGGGUCGCCUGGAAUGGAGGCUGGCCAUCGAGUGGAAAGCAGCGUCCCCCAUGGAGGGGCCUCCUCCUCGGGCGUCGCCUCACAGAGAGAUAGAAAUGUUCAAGCGGCGGAGAGCGAAGGUGGGGCAGAUCACGCAGCAGCGCUGGAUCAUAUGGACGAGGCAGAGCGCGCAAAUUUGGAAGACCACGCAGCAGCGAUGGAUAAUAUGGACGUAGCAGGUCACUCAAACGGGGAACACCACGAAGCAGCGAUGGGUCCUAUGGACGGGGAAAGUCAAACAAACGGGGCAAACCACACAGAUGGUGCGUCCCCGCCCUCCCAUUACUCCAGCGUCGACGAUGAAGUUGUUCCCGUGGUGGCCGAUUUGGGCCAAGCUGCGAGCAGCGCGAAUGGAAAGGAAGGCGGUGUUGUUGUAGAUGAUAGAGGCUUCGUUGGAGGCGAUAGCAGUAUUGUUGGAUGCGAUGGCGGCGUUAUUGUAGAUGAUAGCGACUUUGUUGUAGGUGAUAGCGGCGUUGUUGUAGAUGAUAGCAGCUUUGUUGGAGGCGAUAUCGGUGUUGUUGUAGAUGAUAGCGGCUUCGUUGGAGGAGAAAGCGGCUUCGUUGGAGGAGAAAGCGGCUUCGUUGGAGGAGAAAGCGGCUUCGUUGGAGGAGAAAGCGGCUUCGUUGUAAGAGAAAGCGACUUCGUUGGAGGAGAAAGCGCCUUCGGUGGAGGAGAAAGCGCCUUCGGUGGAGGAGAAAGCGCCUUCGGUGGAGGCGAUAGCAGCGUUGUUGUAGGUGAUAGCGGCUUCGUUGGAGGCGAAAUGGGAGUAAGCAUUGGCGACCUGAACCGUGCGAGGCAACCCCCCGACGAGGCGGACGCUAGCCAUCCCUCCAGCGGAGACGACUUCCAAAGCUACGACGAAACGGAUGAGAAUAAAUACCUUGAGAAUCAGAACAAGGAGGUGUCUCAUGCGGGAGAAGAACAAAAGGGAGGGAACCCCGAUCAGGGAGACAACGUCGGAGGGGCUAACAACCUUUCAACUUUUCCAAAUGACGAAAAGGAAAACCCCGAUGAAGAAUCCUUUUUGCCAGAAGAGGAGGAACAACAUCCCCUGGAGAACAGAAGCUUUUCCAUCGAGAUAGACACAGAUGAGUCCCCAAAAAGGGCCAAGAAACAAAAAGAAAAUGUUCCCAUUGUGGGACGAGAAAAUGUUAGUCAGAAAUCGGCCGAGGAAGAAGCAAACCAGACAGAAGAGGAACCUCCGAUGAGAAACUGCCAUUUCAACGAGUCCAACUCAUCCAUGAAUUCUGUCACGUCACUCCUUUACAACAGCAAACUGAUGUGGGCAAAUAAAGCGACCCUGAAAAAUACCCCUCCAAGUUAUCAUCUACUAGUGUACGCCCUUGCGGGAUGCGCCUGUGUCUACAACGAUACCAUGACUGACAAUAUAUAUGGACACGAAAUUGAUAAAAGAUUAUUCGAAGCCACGGAAAUGAAGAUAAGUAACUACAUUAACAAACACAACAUGAACGUGAAGAAGGUGUCUCUAAAAAUAAAUUGCACAAUUAAACAUUUCGACAUUCUGAAGACAUUCGAAUUUGAUUACUUCACCAAAAUAUCGACGACACUAGCGUAUGGCUACUUCGAUUUUGGGGAAAAAAAUUUUGUCGUUUUUUCAAAGGGCUCUUUUGAUAAAAUUUACAAAAAAUGCAUCAAAAAUGAGGAGAUACAGUUUUUUAAAAAGAAAGAACAAGAAUACAGUAAAAACGGGUUCUACGUAAUUGGGCUAGCUUUUCGAAUCAUAUGUGGCACUUCCUUUGAGGAAAUAUUACAGCUUCCAAGGGAAGAGUUAGAAAAGGAUAUGAGCUUCUUAGCCCUCAUCAUGUUUAGCAAUUACAUCAAGAAGGAUGCUGAGUUGGUUAUUCAAACUUUAAAGGGCUCUUCCAUCAGACCAGUAAUUCUUACUGGCGAUAAUGCCUACAACUGUCUCUACGUGGGGAAUAAAAUUGGUCUCUUCAACAGCAUUAACUUUUACGAGUCCUUCCUCUCCAUUAACAUGAACUCGAACUCAAACACGAAUACGAACUCGAAUUCCAACUUGAAUUCCAACUCGAACUUCAACUCAAACUCGAACUUCAAGUCCAACUCGGCGGAGAGGAUACUGAACGAACGAGAGAACAUGUUCCUCUCCACCGAGACGAAAUUUUUGUCAUUUGAAAAUUUUAUCAAGUCGAACGCAAAAGUAGGACGGGGCGACGAAGAAAGUGUCGCCGGGAGGGCAGUAAACAAGUUCGCCCAAUCGUCCCAGCGCCAACGGGAAUACGACGCCGGUUUCUACGUGUCGCAGGGCCAGGGCGCCGAUGGAUUUGCGCAAAGGGCAAUGGACGGGGCUGCUGCUAUAUUGCGAACCCACGAGAAGGGGGAGGAAGUGGGAGCAUCACCCACCAGGAUCUACCGAGAUAUGGACGAGGACUACGCGGGGGGCGAAACCACGACGCUGCUCCACCGCGGGCAGAAGUCCGCACAGGGGGGCGGACCGAACGGGCACCCCAGCUCGGACGGAAACAGCCACGGCAGCGGUAACAGCCGCAACAGCUACAACAGCGUGAACGAAUACAAGGCCUAUCGGGCCAUCGACGCCCACGGGGACGAGGCACCCUUCCUCGAAGCAGUCAGCCAGAUGAACCCGUCGCAAAGCAAAGACCCGUACUACACGCACGACCAAAACGAACAGAGAAGCGAAAAUGUUAUUGUCUACGGAUAUAUGCAAGAAGCCUCCACCGACCUCGUAUUUGUGAACAUACAAAAUGAUAAAAAAGUGAAUUCAGAACAAGUGCUCUUUGGAAAUAUCUACAAAGAAAUUAUCCUAACGGGUGAAGCAUAUACUUACAUAAGGCACACUGUAUUUCAUAUCUCCAAUGAAGAGGAAGAUAUACCUUCCUAUCGUAACGUUGAAAAGUUGGAAGGUUAUAAAAACUUCCUCCUACGUGUACGGAUCUUCUCCAGAUUAACUCCAAACAACAAGAUGGAGGUGAUAAAAGAUUUCAUAAAAUAUGACUACAUUUCUGGCAUGUGUGGAGAUGGAAGUAACGAUUGCGGAGCUCUGAAAAUUUCUCAUGCAGGGCUAGCCUUAUCAGACGCGGACACUUCUGUUGUAUCCCCUUUUAGUAGCAAAAAUGAUAAUAUAAAAAGCGUCAUUGAUGUUUUGAGAGAAGGUCGAGCUUGUCUAGUCACCUCUAUUAACUGCUACAAGUAUAUGCUGCUCUAUGGAUUCAUGAUUUCUGUUGUAAAGAUUGUCCUCUUUAUGAAUGCUCAUGCAGUUAUGUCUGAAUAUGGCUACCUCUUCUUCGACAACGUCAUCCUCCUAUUGCUAGCAAAAUCCAUGACCCUUUCCAGACCAGCUAGGAAAUUAAAAACACAGACUCCCACGUCAAGUAUCAUUGGAGCUCAGACUAUCAUUUCUUUACUCUCCAAUUUGGUUGUCAACUUUUUUUUUCUCUAUAUAAUUAUGUUGCAGUUUUUUUAUGUGUAUGAAUUACCAUCCUCUUAUGAUAUGAACAGCUCUGCUCCCAAAUCUUCUUGGUGGCUCAUGAGCGACAACUACGAGAGCUUUUUGGCCUGUGUUUGGUUUUGCUUCCAGAUUGUGAAUAGUGCCUUCAUUUUCACCUUCGGCGGCAAGUACCGCAAGCCCAUUUUCUCCAACUACACCUUCAUGGGGUACUACUGCCUCAUCAACAGCUUCCUGCUCUACCUGACGGUCGGAGGGCCCAACCGACUCACGUGCCUCUUCCGAAUGAACUGCAACGACGAAGUUUCAAGAGCGACCAAAUUCAAAAUUCUCGAUUUAUUCUCCUACUCAGCCAGCGGCCUAAGUUUCUACGGCCCAAACGGAAACAACAUCCUCACCACAGGCCACAAAGUGAAAUUCAUUUUUUUAAAUCUUCUUAACAUAGCUGUCAACAUUUGCAUCUCCAAAUACGUUUUGUGCGAGCCGCUGUACAACAUGGUUAGGCGGUUCUUCAACUUCCAGAAUCGGAAGGUCCCCGUUUAG